GCUCUAUGAUACAACAAAUUUUUAUGUCCAUCAAGUUCAGAAUAUGAUCCAAACCAAAGAGAUUCUUGUGUUACUUCAGAAAGUAUUGCAUUUCUUCUUUUCCAUAGCUUCCUAUAUGCUUGCUUUGUUAAUUAAAGUAGUUUCCUUAAGUUUUACUUAUUCUAUUUGCCUUCUUUUUUACUACUUUUUACUUUGCUUUCAAAAUUCUGCAACAACUAAUGAAGAAAAAAUCAGUUUAAUAAUCAUCUUUGAGAGCAUCAUAUAUAUGACUGUAAUCAAAAACACAUUUUUUUUCUUUAACUAAGAAUUAUUCAAUGGAAAUACUUUUUAAUGCAGUAGGUGGCUUUGUUGUUGAGGUGGGAAAGUUUGUAUCGAAAUGCAUCUAUCCUACGAUUGAAAAUAUUGUCCAUUUCUCGUCAAAAACUGAAAAUCUAAGGACAGAAAUGGAGGAGCUAACAGCGUUAAGAGAUGAUAUCAAACAAAAGGUGGAAGUAGCUGAGGGAGAAGGCUAUAAACGAAAACCAGAUGUUAUCAAGUGGCUCAAAGAUGUUCAUAAGCUCGAGAAUGAAUGGGAAGCUAUGCAAGAAAGCAUUGCAGCGGCUACGAUGCUUGUGUAUAAAUGCUGUCCAAAAUGCAGCCUUCGCUCGGAAGUCUCCACUCAAGCAAAGAACAUCCGGGAUCAAUUCUGCAAGCUUAAAGAGGUCGGAGAAAACUUUGGAUCCAAUUUGGUGGUAGAAAAUUACCGGGUGAAAAAAGUUGAGUUCAUCCCGGGACCAUCGAUACAAGGCCAGUUAACAGCAACAAGGAAUCUCAACAAACUCCUCCGACUAUUAGAAGAUGUUAAGGUAUUCAUCAUAGGUGUGUGGGGAGCAGGAGGAGUUGGAAAAACAACAUUGGUGAUUAAUCUAAACAAUGAGCUCCUAAAGACCGGUGUGCUAGGUUUUAAACUGUCUUUUGGUGUUGUGAUAUGGGUCACCGUGCCCAAACCACCAAUAGACAUAAGAAGGGUUCAAGCACAAAUUGCCAGCAGAUUAAACGUAAAGAUAGACAGCGAGGGAAGUGAUCGAAGCAUUUCCAGCAAAAUUUGUGAAAGGCUCAAGGAAGAAACGAGUUUUCUUCUCAUACUAGAUGAUGUUUGGGAACCUAUAAAUUUGGAUGAUGUAGGUGUGCCCCAACUUGCCACAAGAAGCAAGGUUAUUAUAACUUCUCGAUUUUCGAGUGUUUGUAGCCAAAUGAAAACAGAUGUGGAAAUGAAGGUAUACACAUUGGAUGAGGAUGAAUCUUGGCAACUGUUUGCAAAAAAUGUGGGAGAUAUUGUCAAUCUGGAGCAAAUUCAUCCACUGGCAAAGGAAAUUUCAAGAGAGUGUGACGGUUUACCUUUAGCAAUCAUGGUUAUUGGAUCAUCUAUGAGAGGGCAGAUGAGGGUCGAGCUCUGGGAAGAUGCUUUGAAAUCACUUAGAAUGUCGGAACCUCAUAGCAAAGUUGUAGAAGAUAAGGUUUACAAGGUCAUCAAGUGGAGUUUUGAUUCUUUUGGAUCUCAGGAUAUUGAAUCAUCCUCAGAGCAAAGAAGCAAACGUGUGAACAAAAAGAGAGGUGACAUUCAAAGUUGUUUCUUGUAUUGCUCCUUAUAUCCGGCGGCUAUUCCAACAGAUGAUCUGAUACAUUGCUGGUGGAUAGAGGGGUUGCUUGGUGAACAUGACACAUACGAAGAAGCCUACAACAGGGGAAUCACAAUGACUGAGAGAUUAAAGGAUGCAUGCUUGCUAGAAUCCCAUGGGAUGGAUUCUGCAAAGAUGCAUGACGUGGUUCGUGAUGUUUCUAGAUGGAUAGCUAAUUCCUUUGGGGAUGAACAAAACCUUGUUUUUCAAGCUGGAAUUGGAUUGACUGAGAUUUCGCAUAUUAAAGUAUCAACUUCUGUCAAGAGAAUAUCUUUCGCAAGCAGCAAUAUCUCUGGCCUACCUGAUAACUUCAUGGAAUGCCCAGAGGCAACAACUUUAUUAUUGCAAGAUAAUGGUCACCUUUGGGAUAUUUCCCGUGAAUUCUUUUUGGCAUUUCCAUCCCUAAGAGUCUUGAAUUUGAGCCAAACAGGUAUUAGAGCACUGCCUUCUUCCAUCAAUAUUUUAUGUCAACUACGUGCUCUAAUACUAAAAAAUUGCUCCAAUUUGGAAGAUUUACCACCUAUUGGUAAUCUCUGCCAUUUACAAUUGCUCGAUUGUGAUAAGACAUCAUUACAUUAUCUGCCGCAAGGAAUGGACAAACUGACAAAUCUGAGGCUAUUGAAUCUGCCUGUAGGUCAGUUGAAGGAGAUCAUUGGCCAAGGAUUUUUCCUCAGUUUUUCAAGCAUAGAAAUGUUAAAUAUGAAGGGUAUCUGUGUUGGAUCAACUUCUUUAGAUGAGAUAUUAUCUCUACACAAUCUGACUUCUCUUUUUAUUAAAUUGGAUAGCUCAUCAAUUUUCAAUAGAGAGCCCACCUGGAUGACUAGAUUGAAAAGAUUUCAUAUUAUAAUCGGGGACUAUCCAACGCAAGGAAAUAUCAACAAGUCAGCAAGGACAAUAUGUGUUUCUGAAUGUGAAAUUUUCAGUAACGGAGAGCUCUCAGGCAUGUUGCAGUUUGCUUCAGAUUUGUACUUGGAAUAUUGCAAGGAUCUCAGCAAGUUGAUUGGAUGCAACAGUUUUAAUGGAUUAAAAUCACUAUCCAUACAAUCAAGUUUAAUGGAAGAAGGAAUUCGACAGUUUGACCCUUUUCCAAAUCUCGAAUAUCUCAGCCUCAAAUUUGUAUAUAAUUUAAGGAGUGUUUCCGAUUUCAGUCAACAUCUAGGUUUUAGAUUUUCUAAAUUACGCCAACUAGAAAUAUCUGAUUGUCGAAAUUUAAAAUAUCUUUUUAAAGUUGGAGCUUUCUCUAUACCCAAGCACUUGGAUGAAAUUACAGUUGAAGAUUGUCAACGGUUGGUAGCGUUGAUUGCGCAAUACGCCUCAACUCAGACAACACUUGUCAACUCAGAAAUUCCAAGAGUUCGGAAGUUAGUGUUUAGAAAAUUAUCAAAUUUAACAAUGUUGAGAGAGCCUCAGCGUAUGUGGGAACACCUGGAGGAACUUAAAGUUUAUGGUUGCGCUGAAAUAAGGAAGUUGCCUCGCUCUAUUCAAACCUCCAAUUACAUCAAACUAAUAGAAGGAUCACCAAUGUGGUGGAGGCAACUCGAAUGGGAUGACGAUAUCUUCAAGUCAAAUUUAGAAAAGUGCUUCCAAUGGUCAUAGUUAAAAUUGCUUCCGCUGCAUUUUCUCAGGGACCAAAGAAAGCAAUUUUGGAUCUCCAAGCUUUUCGCCGACUCUAGAAGCAAUUUUGGAGUCCCAGAGAUUGAGGCAUCUAGGUACUCUGUUCAGUUUGGCUUUGCAAAGUUUUAUGAACACUCGUUCGGAGGAUGAAGCCAUAGCUAUGGUACUCUGAUAACUAUGAUUCCCUUGAAUUUUAUAGACUCAAAAAGCAGUAUUUUCAGCUCCAACAACUAUGAUUCCCUUGAAUUUGAUAAACUCAAAAAUGUGGCUUCACCAUUAUCCGAUAGUGAACCGGCUAUUAACCUCUUCUUCAACAUCGUUUGACUUAGAAAAUGGAUUUUCCGGCCCCGUCGAAGCAACCUAAUUCAUUAAAUUUGCCGUCGGGAGGUUGCCUGAGAAGUUUCAAACAAAAUUAUUCUUGGGGCCCGAGCCCAUCCCCGAACCAUAGGCUAACACUCAUUGAAACUCACAAAAAACCAACAAUUCCAGCCUUUUCGCCUGUUUGACUUGGAAAAUGACUCCCUCGACACCGCCAAAGCAACCCGUUCAAUUUAAUAGAUGUCGGGGGACCGCUCGAAGAGUUUCUCCUAGAAUCUUUUCCGGAGCCUGCACCAUGGUCUAACACCCACCAAAACUAGCAAACACCCACAAUACCUACCGCUUCACCCAUUUAACUUGGAAAAUGGAUCCCCGUCCCCACCAAAGCAAUCCAAUCCAUUUAAUAGGCCGUCGGGAGACUGUCCGAGAAGUUCUUCCAAUAAUUUUUCCCAGAGCCUGAGUCCCUUCCCCCUUGAACUGUGGGGCUAUAGCACCCACCGAAACUUGCAAACAAUUUGCAAUUCCUGUUGUUUCGGCCGUUUGUCUUAGAAAUGGUGUCACGACCCGAACCGGGGGCCUAGCUGUGACGAGCAUCCCAAACCAUGAAGGCC